CUCAAUGCUGCCAACCAAGACCCACCUCUCUUUCUUUCUCUCAUACUUCUCUUCCUCACACCAACAACACUCAAUUAUUUUUCUCCAUCUCCAUCUCCAUCUCCAUCUCUCUCAUGGAAGCCCUUCAUCUUCCUUCCGAAAUCCACCCCCAUUUUCUCGCCUCCCCUGUCAAGGAUCGCAAAUCGGAUUUCCAGGAGAUGCCGGAGUCUGACAUUCAUAUCGUUACCUCCGGUGGACUUCGUAUACCUGCGCAUUCUACCGUACUGGCCUCGGUUUCAUCGGUGUUGGAAAACAUGAUCGAGCAACCGCGAAAGCACAGGAGCUCCGAGAAAGUGAUUCAAAUGCUUGGAGUUCCGUGUGAGGCAGUCGUUUCGUUCGUUCAAUUCCUCUACACAUCUAGGUGCCCUGAAGAAUAUCUAAAGAAAUAUGGAAUUCAUCUUUUGGCGCUAUCACACGUUUACCUUGUUCCACAUUUGAAGCAGCGAUGCACUAAGCACUUGGCUAGAAACUUGUCCAUCCAUAGCGUUAUCGAUAUACUCCAACUCGCAAGAAUGUGCGAUGCACCGGAUCUCUCACUCAGCUGUAUGAAAAUGGUGUCCACCCACUUCAAGGCCGUUGAGAAAACGGAAGGCUGGAAAUUCCUGCAAAAACACGACUCUUGGCUCGAGCUUCAAAUUCUGCAGUUCAUGGAUGAAUCCGAAUUGAGGAAAAAGAGAUGCAGAAGGCAGAGGAAAGAGCAGAGGGUUUAUCUUCAGCUAAGCGACGCAAUGGAGUGUUUAGAGCACAUCUGUAAAGAAGGGUGCACAAACGUUGGGCCGCUGGACGUGGUACCCACAAAGAAGCAGCCAUGUUCUAAAUACUCUACGUGUCGUGGAGUUCAACUUCUGAUUAAGCACUUUGCAACGUGUGAGAACAGAGUCCACGGAGGAGCUUGCUGGCGGUGCAAACGAAUGUGGCAGCUUCUACGCUUGCAUGCCUCCAUCUGCCACCAAUCCGAUGCUUGCAAAGUCCCUCUUUGCAGACAAUUCAAACAAAAAAUGAAGCAAGAGAAUGUUGAAAAAGAGGAUGCGAAGUGGAAACUGCUGGUGAAAAAGGUGUUGUCUGCCAAAACAAUCUCUUCAGUUUGUCUUCCCAAAAGGAAGAGAGCAGUAAGGGACGCCAUGAGCGCCGAUUGCAUCAAAAGCUUCCGAUUACAAUCCGAUACCUUUCAUUAACAGCUGAGAAGUUAGGAUGUAACGUUGUUUUCUUUUCUCAAAAGAGAAGAAAAAAAGGAGACUAGACUAGGACGAGGAGGAAUACGUUGUUUCAUUUUAUUUCUUUUUUCUUUUUUCUUCUAAUGAGGAGCUUUGAGGUUUCCUUUCCGUUCAUCAACUGUUUGUAAUUUGUAUAGGAACAGGGAGAGGAAUAUGUGGUUUUUUGUGGUUUGUAUGAAAAUAUAGAUAGAUAAUAAAGAAAGUUUGUUUUGUUUGCUGCAUUUCCAAUUUUCCAAAA